GUUUGAAUCGAUAUUUGUGGUUUGCAGUUUGAAACAGUCCUGUUUACAAUCCUGUUUUACAAUCAACCAACGGAUAAAGAAAUUAAGCACUUACUGGUCCGUGGUUAAAGUCCGGUAUUUGUGAGGUUUUGAAAGGCAACAGGCGACAGUGGCUGUAGUCCGAGAAGCUCUGAAAACUGCUUACUACCAUCUUUGAUAAAUUUUACAAAUACGACAAGAUCAAGGCAAGCAUAUUCCCUAGCAUGAUCCUGAAUUUACUAGAAUUACAGAAAAAAACACGAUGUCAGACAAUCCAGAAGCAACAGCGUACAUUCGCUUAAUUGCUAUGUACAUUGAUUUAGCUACGGACACAGUUUUAAAAGUUUUCUUUUAUCUAACACCUAAUCAGGACAUUGACACAUUCUUUACUUCAACAGAUGUACGCAAGAAACUAGAAGGCUUAUUUCUACGACGUCGCCUUAAUAAGAAGGAAUAUGAAAUUGUGACAAGACCACGUCUUUCCCCUAAAAACUUUGACAUAUCAUUGUUGAUCACUUUAUUGUCCAACUUAUAUGCUAACAUUCUGCCAGCCCCUAUGAAUGGCUGGAACAGUGCUGUUAAUCCAAGGGAUCAUACCAUUGCUGCUGAUCUGCUACGCUUGCGAAAUAUUAGAAAUAAACUAGUAGCACACAACCCACGCGCAGGACUUGAGGAAUUCAAAUUUGAACAUCUGUGGAACAAAGUUGAAAACAUUUUGGUGCGACUGAUUCAACAAGUAGAUCCAGGUUCAGAAGCUUCUCUGAAAGAGAAAAUUGGAGCAUAUAGAACUUGUCAUCUAGAUCCCACUGAUGACCGUUUUAAAAAGUAUCUUGAAAAGCUGCAGGAAUGGUACGAUGAAGCUUCGAAACUACAAGAAAAGGUUGAGGACUUGUUGGAAAAAACUGAUGAGCUCAUACUCUACUUUAGAAAUAGACCGCGGCCCUACUGUCGUUAUAUCAGACUGUUAAUUGAUGGUGGGAAACUAGUUUUAUGCGGACUUUUAGAAAAGAAAUUGUCAAGCACAAACCAGACUUUACAAAACAUUCUCCAUGACAAAAAUGACAUGCUAGAAGAAAUGAUAGUAGAUGAGGAAGUACUAAAUCAGCUGAUUUCACAUUCAAACGAUGUCACUAUAAAGGCUACAGAUACAAAAACUUGGGAUAUCUUAGUCAUUGCAUCCGUUAUCAUCUGUUUGCAAGAUGAACCCGGCGACGAGGACAUUUCCGCUGAUGUCAGAACUAUCAUGGAGGCAAGGAGAAAUUAUGCUGAAAUUGCUCUGAUAUCCUUAGAUCAUGAAAAAUAUAUGUCCUGUUAUAGUGAUCUUCUGUCCAGCAUAAUACGUCUAUCUUCUGUACUUAGUGCAGACAUACGAGCUGAAUGUAAGGCUGUCAUAGCGAAUUGUAACAAAGACUCACACGGAAGUACAGAAUAUAAAAAGUACUUCGAACAAUUAAAGGCUCAUGGAUCUCAAAUCAAAAGCAUCACUGAUACGUACAAAGUUCUUGACUUAAAUAUUGUUACCUUGGGUAAUAACGAAGAAAAGAAGAAGGUUGUAGAAGAUACUGUUGCAAGAGUGUGGCAGGCUGCUCUAGACAGAACAGAAAAUUCAUCAGAUUUUAGGGUAGUUAGAAACAUCGUAGAUCGCAUUUUGGAGGAUAUCGAUACAAUACCUGGUGUGGAAGUAGGGGAAGUGGAAACGCGCUGCAUACUGUUGUUCCUACGUUGUCACUCCUGGCAUGCAUUACUUCUUCUUCUGGAGUACUUUUGCAGCUGUGAUUUUAAAGAGCAUCUACAGUGCAUUUCUAGCGAGCUUACUGACGUCUAUGACGAGACUGUAGUCAUGCAAGGCCAUUUAAACCUUGAGUGUUUGCUGGAAGUUUUCAAUAAUCCGCUACCUGUCUAUGAUAAAACACCACACCACAUCAGUAUCCCAAUAGCAUGCGAUUCUCCAGAAGGGAUGAGGCAAGUCUUAAAGGUUCUGCAUGAUGAGCAGACUAAAAAUCGUUUCAACGAAAUUGCAGAAACACUAUCAGCUACUUGCGGAGGUUCAAUCAGUUUGGCUAUUUCUAGUGAUGCAAAAGGAUUCAAAGAUGUCUUUGAAGAAACAG